CAGAGCUGCGGGUGGGCUGAGGGACCUGGGUGCAAUGUCACCGUCUUCUAAUGGCUUAUGUUAGAAGCAAGAGGACCGGAGCAACUACUUACAUCCACACAAUUAGACUUUAUAGCCCAUAAUUCUGGACUUGAGGGAUGGAGGAACUUAAAAGUGGCACUGUUGAGUUUGUGCAGAGCUAAUGCAAUGCAGCCCCUGACAGGCUGGGGGUGCAAAAUGAUCCUGUGCAGAAACCCCCAAGUCCCCAACUCCUGUGGGAAUGGCCAGAGCAUCACCAGGAGAAACUGAGUGAUGCAGUCCUCUGCUCCAUGCUGCCCAUUGGUCUGAACACUUCCCAGCUGGGAUCUCAUAGGGAAACCCUUCUCUGCUCUCAGCACAGCUGUUGGCAUGGACAUAAGGUGGGGGUAACGCAUGCCUUCCCUGUGAGCAGGCUGCCCGAGGCCACGCUGGGAGGGAAACACACACUUAACUUACAAGAAGGGAAUUAGAAAACAAGGAAGAUAAACUGCAAACACUUCUUCUAACUGAGACUGAUGACAUCAUAUAUUCUGCCCUGUAGUUCUCUAUCCUACAGUUGCAGGUGAAAGACAGCAGCUGUACCUUUUAGAGCUCAUUGUGCUGUCUGAGGGGAAGUCCACAGCAGUGCUAUCAUUAGCUGAGUUCUAUAGCAUCGCAACUCACAAUUUCUGUUUUCAUAUCGUGGCUCUGUGCAGCAGACCUCAGUUUUUGUUUAUUUUCUGUCCCAGAGAGAAAUGCUGGAUUUAAUUUUUAGCUAUUUUUCUGUAUUUUUCCUGUACAUCUGAGAAAAAAGAGAACUGGGAGGGGUUUUCCCUACCCUUUUUAUUCUUGUUUAUUCAGCAUAAAAAAUCCAUGGCAAACGGGGCUUGUUCCUCCCUGGAACAGGCCAUAGAUCACACAGAGCAGUGCCACGUGUGGUUUGGGGGUGCCACACGCAGUGAUUGCAUCAAUGCUGUGUCCAGACUGAUCUGCAAAAAAGGCCUCAACGCUGUUCUAACAAAGCAGCAACACAAACCUGCCCUAACAGGAGAAGGCCAGCUGACCAAUGGGACAAAUGCAGGCUGAGCACAGUUGGAAUGUUUGUACUGAGAGGGCAUUUAUCUCAGUAUUACCCAGUAAGUGCAGCAGGAGCCCCGACCAAACCUUGCUGCCCAAUUAGCUCUGUAACACUGUGGAAAAGUAACACAGCAAAAAUUAUGACCCCAGUUCUCCAUAGCAAGAAAACUUUGCCUGCUUAAUUUCUCAGCUGCAGACUACACAGAGGAAAAUGCUGCAGAAGGAUCACUGAGAUCUCCAUGUGGUCUUCCAUGGUACUGAAGCCCAAUUCUUAUCACAGGGCUGAUGUGGCUCAAGAGGCAAUAAGGCAUAAGCAUGGCAGGAGCGUGGUGUUUGCUUUUAAGUAUGUUUUUCUCUCCUUUAGCCUCUAGAGAGCUGAGGAGCAGGAUUGCAGUCAGUACUUGCAGAGCUGCACACCAAUGUGGGCAAUUUCUGUUUUAAGGCUUUGGGAAUGCGAGAUGCUUUCCUGGCCCUGGAUGGGUUAGAAGGGAAUGAGUCACUUGGAAAAUCCCUAAUAGCACACAGACUGCUGCUGCUCUUCUACAGGCAAAUGUUUGGACUGCUGGCAGUUGUGCAGAACUGAGAAAAGCAGCUGAUGUGCAGAGGAGGCCUGCGUGACUGUAGGGUGGGACAGGGGAUCCCUGAACAAAAAGCAUGACAGCAUCGUGCCUCCCAUUGCCACAGAUGCAGGCAUGCAUUUUAUUGCUUAGUUUCAGGAAAAGGCCCUACUUUUGUCGUGUUCCUCCAGCAGAGCACACAUACAAAUUGCUCUGUCUGUUACUACCUUUGCAAAGGUGCCCAUGUGUAGACUAUGACCAGGUCAGUUGAUAUGCUUCCAGUCUGAAAGCAGCAAUCACAGCGCAAGCCUUGGCUUGUUGCAUUCAGUUCAUCUCCUGCAGCUCUGGUCAUCUGCCCUUCCAGUCUGAGCCUGGAUACACACAUUUCAUCCUUUCAUGUUCAUCUUCAACUCAUCUCUGUCUGUUCCCACCCACACUUGUAGCUCGGAGAUGCACAUGAGAGGAUGCCUCAGAUACAGCUCUGCGCACACUUCCUCUGCCCGCAGCGAGUGGCUUACAAGCCAGGUGGAGCUGAGCGGUUACUACGAGGCUGAGAACAGCACUCCUUCUUUGGAAGGCUACUUUUGCUUCAAUCCAGCCUCAUCUGUGGUUGGCAACCAGAGAGACCCCUUCAGGAAGGUCUUCAUACCGCUCGCCUAUCUGCUGAUGUUCCUGUUGGGAACUGUGGGCAAUGCCCUGGUCCUGGUCAUUUUAGAGAGGUUCAAACGGUCUCGAACAACCACGGAAAACUUCCUCUUCCACCUCACCCUGGCCAACCUGGCGCUGCUGCUCACCUUCCCCUUCAGCGUGGUUGAAAGCCUAGCUGGGUGGGUAUUCGGGACCUUCCUCUGCAAGAUCCUCAGUGCUGUCCACAAGAUCAAUUUCUACUGCAGCAGCAUGCUGCUGGGCUGCAUCGCGGUGGAUCGCUACUUGGCCAUCGUGUAUGCAAUCCACACCUACCGCAAGCGCAGAGCUCGCUCCAUCCACCUCACCUGCACGGCCAUCUGGCUCUCCUCCCUGCUCCUCACCUUACCCGAUCUCAUCUUCAUGGAAGUCUGGACAGAUGAGAGCAACCGCAGCAUCUGCUAUUUUCCAGAAGCUGGGAUUCAUGGCAACAACGUGUGGCUGGCAACUCGUUUCCUGUACCACAGCGUGGGUUUCUUCAUGCCCCUGCUGGUCAUGUGUUACUGCUACACGGCCAUCGUCCGUGCUCUGUGUCAGUCCCAGCGCCUGCAAAGGCAGAAAGCUGUCCGUGUAGCCAUCCUGGUCACCGGUGUGUUCCUGCUCUGCUGGAGCCCGUACCACAUCGUCAUCUUUCUGAACACCCUUACCAAGCUGGAAGCCUUCACCAAGAACUGCCUCCUGGAAGAUCAGCUGGACACCGCCAUCAUGGUGACAGAGGCCAUUGGCUUCACGCACUGCUGCCUCAACCCCAUCAUUUAUGCCUUUAUUGGGGUCAAGUUCCGUAACGACUUCUUCCGUAUCCUGCACGAGCUGGGCUGCAUAAACCAGGAGACCCUACAGGAGAUCCUGGAGGUGACGAGGAAGGGCUGCGGAAUCGAGUCUGACAACACCACCUCUAUUUCCACUUUCUAACUCAGAAAGGCUGCUGCAGGGCAGAAAUGGCCUGGCCAUGCCUGUCCAGUCUCAUAUGUGCUGUGUCCCAGUCCUAAGUGUCCCCACCACUCUCUUCAUCCCUCGGGAAACCAAGGUCUGACAGCUUCCUAACACCCCAAUCCCAACGCAUUGCUUCUGUGUUCCCAUACAGACCAAAGUCUGUCUGGCAGCUGUUGGCAAAUGCCAACUGUCCGGUUGUCACGCUGACAGGGAUGGAGGAACCAAAGGAGGUUGAGCCUGUUGUUACCACAUCUCCAUCACCAAACUAACUGCAGGAGCCCUGUGCACAGAGCCAGAGACAGGACUGAGUCACAGGGAGAGGGGGGAGGGCAGGAAAAACACACAGCCAGGUGGGAGUGGAGCUGCAUCAGUGAGUGAGGGAUGAGGAAAGGACAGCACGGGUUCCCGUCUCACCUGCUCACCUCACUGAAGAGAUGCUGAAAAGAAGCAAUGGGGGACAAUUAUCACAGCAGCCAGAGCAAGAAAUGCAGGUAAGACAUCAGGGUACCCAGGGCCAAUCCCAGUGACAAAGGCCACACGCUGUCUGGACGGCUCCUCCUGCUGCAUGACGUCCUGCCAUCCAGGCACUGCACAUCACUUUUCCCAGCACAGCUCAGCCCAGGAGGCCUUGGACUCAGGUUUGACUGCUGCAGAUUCCUCUCCUGACAUCAGCCACAUCCUUCCUCGCUCACUUGAAAUGCCUGAGUGUGCAAAAGCUGUCUUUGAAGGAAGGUGCCUGAGCAGAUGGCUCAGCCUUGUGACUGAGCACGGAGAAAAUGAACCACGCAUCUUUGUGAGGCUGAAGGUGUAACCUGUUUUUCUUCCUCCCCUUUUCCUUUUGCAGCUCACUGUACAUCGCUUUGUGCAUUCUGACCCACAGUGCGGUACAACAUAGAAGAAAACCUCAUUUGCAUCAUUUCUGUUUGUUUUCAGAGGGCUGAGAGGCAGCGCUGCAUUUUGCUUUCAGAUGAUGCUUUCAGAUAUCCUUGCUCCACCUGCACACACAGGGCCUUUAGAAGGGGGUGCAUCCAAUGUCCAGCUUCACUUAGAACAAUCCUGAGUGCUGAUCUCACCCUUCACCUGCUGGUCCAAAACAAGAGGGGCAGCUUUAUAACAUCGUUAAUGAUGGCACUGCAAGCUGGUACACAGGGCAGCUCCAACAGGCUUGUGCAGCUUGCUGCUUCCUGAUAAGUCUUGUCAAAGUAAAGCAUCAGCACAUACACAGUUGCUUGCUUGCAUUUUUCUCAUUAGCCAAACAUUGCUUUGGCCUCCACUUAAUGGCAGCCACACACAUGCUGUCAUAUGGGAAUGACCCCAACCACUGGAAAACAUUAAAAUCUGCUGUUCUCCUCACCUCACUGCUUAUGCUUAGUUGGCACAACACCAGGUUUGCCACUGCAGGAGGGAUUUUUGUGUCUAAAUCCAUCCUGAAGUUCAACCCAUUAACAAGAAGCGCAGUCACAGCCUGACCUCACCAUAUGCAGUCACACUGCAGACAGCAGUCAGCACAGAGUGGGUCAUGUCAGACUAUCCCAGCUCGGGCAGAGGUGAAUGAGCUGCUUCCAUAUUGUGACAUGACAAGGAAACUCCUGAAAUGCAAAGCAUUAACAGAAUGAACAGCCCAGCCCUGCAGAGCAUCGCCUACAGCAGCACGCUGCUUCCUAUUCCCCAAGAGGCAGCUGAGCCGCCCAGGGGACAUCACUGGGGUGUUUUAGCAGAGCACCCUGCCCCACACAGCAGCCAUGGGGCCGUGACAGGCAGCAGAGCGUGCACAAAGCGCGAGCCAGUGAAUGCAUGAAUGAACGUGUGCCUGGGAGCACUGCAGAACUGGGGCUCCCCGCACACCCUCGUGCAUCUCGCUGUGACUCACACAGGGUUUCAUUUUCCUUAUCAAGAAGAGGACCUGCGUCCUCACCCUGAUUCCCCAAUGCUUGCAGCUGGGCCCCGCUCCGUCACCCACCGCUGCCCAGGAGGGGUGGCUGGGAGCAGGUGUGCUCUAACAGCGCUGGGACAGGAUCUGCAGCAGCAGGGAACAGAGGAAAAUGAGCUGUUUCUCACCGACAGCAGUUGAAGAAGAGCUGCUUCAAGCCACAGAGGUGAGCAGCUAUGUCCAACCCACAGCCCCACACCAUGGUGGCAGCCCCGCUCCAUGCUGCACUAUGGGCUGAGACCAGGGCACGGGGCAGGUUGGAUGCCCAGGGCAAGAGGAUGGGCUGGCACAGCAGAGGAUGGGACAGACAACACAGCCUGGACUUAGGCAGCAAAAUCCACCAUAGCUCAAGGAGCUAAAUGGCUGGGCCAUCCACUGCAUGCAGACUAUGGGAAGCAGCAUCUGGCUGUCUCUGCUGAGAGCAGAAUUGAGAGCAAGGAGGUUCCAACUGCAGUGAAGGACCCUGCAGGACAUCACACAGACCAGGGACGAGAGGCACGAGGUCAGGUUUUGAACUUUGUCUUUUUAAUAAAAAGGCACCUAUAAAACAGGUCAAUACAUUACAGGCAGCACAGAUACCCAAAAACAAGCCUAAAAAUUGUUUCAAAUAAAAACCAAUAAGAUGUCUUCA